AUAGAAAUCUGAUUUCAGUUUCAGAAAGUUAUACUACGUGUCAAGGUCACGCGUCUACAUAAAACACGCGGGUUACAUAACGCGGUGCGCAAAUAAUAAUUUGUUAACAGGAUUAAAGGAGCUGUCAGAUCUUAAAGAUAUUGCUGAAAAAACGAGAUGGAAGUUUCAUCAUGCGUUCAAGAAGAAUCUACAACAGAGCCUCCACUUCAUGGAUUGAACGAAACAGAUCAAUGCCAGCCAUGCAAGCUAUCACGUAAACUAGUUUGUGCAAGCAAGUAUUGCGAUGAAUGCGAAGAACUGUUGUGCGAAGAUUGUGUAACUAACCAUGCAAAAAGAAAGGCAACAGCUUCACACAAACCGAUAAAAAUUGGCGAAAAGAAAAAUGUUAUUUCAUGCAGUCCUUGUACAGAUGAGGGAAAUAUGGUACAGGCAAUCACUUACUGUGAAGAAUGCGAGGAAUACCUUUGCAAUGACUGCACACUUUCUCAUGGGAAGAGAAAAGCAACGAGGACACACAAACCAAUAACAAUCAGAGAUAUGAAUGACAAGCUUUUAAACAAAGAUGAAACAAUUACAUUAUGUGAUCCAUGCAAAUAUAAUUUUAAAGAAAUACGUUCCCUUAAUUAUUGCAAAGAAUGUGACGAAUACUUAUGCGGAUCCUGCACAAACAGCCACAAGAACAGAAAUGCCACAAAGACACAUGAUCCAGUCCCAAGUUCAGUGCUUCAAAAGGAGGAGAAGAAACGCGAUUUUCAAAAUAGAAAGAUAUGUGAUCUAUGUCAGUUUAAAGAUAUGAAGAAAGAUGCAACAUCAUUUUGUGAUGAAUGCGAGGAGUUGCUCUGUGGAGAAUGUACGAAUCAUCAUCGCUCAAAAAAAAUCACUAGAUCAUAUGCACUUGAAAGCCAUGAAUGUGUGGAAUAUAUCAUCAUCGUAUGUGAAGUAUGCGAGCUAGAGGAUAAAGAAGCUGUCAUGUAUUGCAACUCAUGUGACGAAGCGCUCUGUGACGAUUGUGGGCAGAUACAUAAAAAUCAAAUUGCGACAAAAACUCAUCCCAUUGACUCAAUACCAAGCAGGAAGCUAGAACGGAUAGUAAAAUGUGACUCCUGUAGUGAAGGUUUUAUAAGAGCAGUAAAGUAUUGCACAAAUUGUGCAGAAAACUAUUGUGGUGAUUGUGUACGUGUCCAUUCAAAACAAAAGAUGACAAAGGAUCAUACACUCGUCAAUCCUGUUUCAGGCAGUAAAAAUAAAAAUGCCCAAAUGAAAGAAGUUGCCUUAUGCAAGGGUUGCAGCGAAAGCAAAAUCCUAAUGAAAUAUUGUACUGUGUGUGAACAUGGUUUGUGCGAGCAAUGCUGCGAGAUACAUGGGCGUAGUAAAUUUACUAGUUCCCAUGAGCUGAAGGAAUCUGACGAUAUUGAAGAAAUGAACUGCGACUCCUGCAAAUCACCUGGAUCAGCGGAAUACUACUGUGAGCAAUGUGACGAAUUAUUUUGCACAAUUUGCAAUAAGCAGCAUCAGCGUUCAAAGACAGCAAGAGACCAUAAAACAAUCGCAGCCAAAGAUGGUCUUAUUAAACGGAGAGCCCAACAACACAUCAUAGAUGAAACUAUGCAGUAUAGGCAAGAUGGAGGAAAGUCAAAUAACAGGAUUGAACAGGGAAUUGAAUUAAGAAAAAAGGAUUGUCCAGGAAAACCAAGAUCGUCAGAUGCACGUGCAGAUACAAUAACGCUAUCGUGGGAUCCACCUUCAACAUUCGGGGAUGAUGACUAUUAUCAAGUCAGUUAUAAAGAUCUUGAUCAUGAGAAAAAAUGGAAAAUUUUUCAAGGCGAGUAUAAGUCUUCAACUGCCGUCCUCAGCGAUCUAAAGUCGAAUACAGCGUUUAGUUUCCGAGUUCGGGUAGUAUAUGAGGAUUGUGAGGGCCCUUACAGCGAUGAAAGUGAUAAAAUAUUUACGACAGAUUCACCAGCUUCAAGAAUAUUGAAAUUUUCGGUUCUGAAGGAGAAAGGAAAUCCGUCGCCUUCAAAGUAUGCAUUGCCAAUAACUGAAUUGAGGUCAGCAAGAAAUGACAGAGCGAAGACAAAGAAAUUUGAACUAGGUGCACCACCAGUACUCGGUGGAAAUUCAAAGACGAUUAUGUUGGUAGGCGCAACUGGUACAGGGAAAAGCACAUUAGUAGAUGGAAUGGUAAAUUAUGUUUUAGGUGUGAAUUGGGAAGAUCCUUUCAGAUUUACUGUAAUUGAUUUAGAGAAAGAGGAAAUGGACAGAGAGAAAAACCAAGCUCUCAGUCAAACAGAAUGGAUAACUUGUUACACAAUUAACCCAGAGAAAGGAAGCCGUUUUAAGUAUCCAUUGAAUAUCAUUGAUACACCAGGCUUUGGAGAUACAAGAGGACUGAAAAGAGAUCAGGAAAUUGUCCAACAAAUCAGAGAAUUAUUUUCUGAAAAAGAGCCAAAGGGUGUCACAUUCAUAGAUGCGGUCUGUUUCCUCAUCAAAGCUCCAGAUGCCCGUCUUACAGCUAUCCAAAGCUAUAUUUUUCAGUCGAUUAUGUCACUUUUUGGUAGAGAUAUUGAAAACAACAUAUGUUCUCUUGUAACCUUUGCUGAUGGCAUUGACCCACCUGUUUUAGCUGCUUUGAGAGAAUCAAAAUUGCCUUUUGGUAAGAGCUUCACAUUCAAUAAUUCCGGUUUAUUUGCCAAGAAUUCAGAAAUCAGUUCCGCUAGUUUGUCCCCAAUGUUUUGGGACAUGGGAUUGAAAAGCUUUCGCGCAUUUUUUGAUCACUUGGAGCAGGUAGAAACAAAAAGUCUUCAAUUGACGAAAGAUGUUCUUGAUGAGCGUUCUCAGCUAGAAGCAACAGUUAAAAACUUGCAGCCACAACUUGACGCAGGACUUUCAAAAGUAAAUUGUAUGAAGCAGGAGAUACAGAUUAUUGAGCAAAAUAAAAACUUGAUAAAAGAUAACCAAAAUUUUGAGUAUGAGGUAGAAGAAACGCAACAAAAAAAGAAAGAAUUACCCCGUGGACAGCAUGUCACUAACUGUACAGAGUGUCAUUUCACUUGCCAUGAUAAUUGUGUAUUCGCUAACGACGACGAAAAGGCCAGAUGUUGUGCAAUGGGAAGCGAUGGCAAAUGUAAGAUAUGUCCAGACAAUUGCCACUGGUCGAAACAUGCUAACACACCGUAUAUAUUUGAGUUUGUCAAUGUCAAAGUGAAGAAAACAUAUGCAGACAUGCAAAAAAAGUAUCAUGAGGCAACAGGAAAACUUUUGUCACAAGAACAAAUUGUAGAAAAGCUUGGGGAAGAACUUAAUGAUUUACUAGAUGAUAUUGAAGACAUGAUGCUUCAUAUAAAAAUUUGCAAUGAGCGUUUGAAGGAAAUUGCACUUAGACCAAACCCAUUAACAAUGACAGAGCACAUUGAUUUGAUGAUAGAAAACGAAAAGCUCGAAAAGAAAGACGGAUUCAUGCAGCGAAUAAAUAUCCUUAAUGACUUCAGGAAAAAGGCUCAGAUUUCUAAAGAUGUGGAAAACUUUGGCAAAGAAGCUCGAUCGGCCCUAGGAGCUGUUGGAAAGAAGAGGAAUAGAGAUACAAAAUCUAUAUUAGCAAGAAUCGGGGCAUGGUUUACAAAGACAAAUUAGUCAAUGAAAGACAUAAAAGUAGUUAUAUUAUCCCAAUAUAAGUAGUUAAUCGGUCUCUUAAUGUAUUACUUAUGAUAACAUUAAUGUUUGUUUGAAAAUUAAAACAUCCAUCUGUCUUAAAGGGACUCGACUCCUCUGACGUUUUGGCAUGGCUUGACUGAAUACUAGUGAUAAUUUUUCAAGAUUAAUAUUCCAUUUGAUGUUGGACUAUAUAACUUGAUAUGACCGAUAACUUGUGUCCAAAAUUUCAGAUCAUUCGCCGAAAUUAAAUUUUAUAUCUUUGGCUUUUGGACCUCAGUUGAAUUCCGUUUAAAACUACUUCAUUACACUGAAGGGCUGAAGGGCUGCAUUACACAGUUUAGCCUCUAAACCAUGUCAAAUGCUUUAGAUAAAGGAAAUGUGACGGUAACUCCGAAAUUUUUGUGCCCCCACUAUAGGGGGGGGGGUUUGAUUUACUCUUGUCCGUCCUUCCGUCUGUCCGUACAAACCAGAGCUACAUUAUGGGUUUUGGUCUAUUGUUCUCAUAACAAUAGAUGUCUUUGAUGUCAUUCAUUCCGGUUCUCUUGUGGGGUUAUUUUCUGCAUUGUGGGGUUAAAAAGAACAAAAGAAAUAACAAAAGAAAACCCCAUAAUGUAGCUCUGGUAAGAACGUCCGUCCGUCCUUCCGUCCGUCCGUUCUCUUUUUGUGUCGCACGUAGCUCAAAAAGUAAUUGACCUAGAGUCAUGAAACCUUACCGGACUGUUGAUCAGCAUAUGUAAUUGUGCACCUGGGUAUUUAUUUUUGUGUGGAAUUAUUUAGUAUUUUUAGAGUUAUUGCCCUUGAAUUAGUAAAAAUUUGCAAUUUUCAACUUGUGUCGCACGUAACUCAAAACAUAUUUGACCUAAAGUCAUGAAACCUUACAGAAAUGUUGAUCAACAUGUGUAGUUGUGCACCUGGGUAUUUUUGUGUGGAUAUAUGUAGUAUUUUUAGAGUAAUUGCCCGUGAAUUAGUAAAUAUUUGCAAGUUUCAACUUGUGUCGCACAUAACUCAAAAAGUAUUUGACCUAGAGUCAUGAAACCAGAAAACAGUUUAAAGGUGAAAAAUGAAUAUAUAUCUUUAAACAGAUUUUGUUAAUAUCUCAUUUCAUGUAAUUGACUUUUUUCUUUAUAUUUUAAUAUUUACAAUAAAAUUGCUUCUAUGUAAAUUUUGUUCUUAUAAAGUUAAAGUUUACAUUGAGCUAUGAGUGCACACAUGAAAGUUGAUAUAUUUUUGCGUCUGUAUUAUUAUGCUUUAAAAGUAUCGAUGUAUGUUUAUAUAAACUUAAAUGCAAUAGUCACAAUCAGAUAAAACGAUCUUGCAUUUAUAAUUUUGCUUUAUUAGAUUUUUCUCAUAUACAUUGUGCUUGUAGAAAUAUUUUCAUAUAAAGAAACACCUACGACAUCCCAUCCUUUUGCUGCCCAGCUUAAUGUUUUUGUUUCGUAAUUUAGCAGGCUGUUGUUAAAUAUAUUACUAUACAUUGAUGCUUUUUUCGGUCUAUUAGGUUUCGAUCAAUAAUUUCGAUAUAGCUGUUAUAUCAAAUAAAUGUUGCAUUAAGCAUCGAAAGGUAGUGUCUCUCAUGUCCUCACUUAUCUUCAUUAUUUUGAUAAUUAUUGAACAGUAUGUUAAUUUGUUAUCUUGGUACAGGUAGCACAAAUGUAUGUAAACAAAUAUUCUACAUGUACUAAAUAAUUAAAUCUUACUUUAGUCAGAAGUCAGUAGUCUUGGCCUUAUUACUGACACUAAAUAUUUGUAUUUGUUAACUAUGUUUACUUGUUAUCAAAAUACAUUUGUGUAGUUUCAAAGAAUAAUUACAAUGUUAUUAAUAUUUGACGAGUUUAUUGGCUGGCAUACUACUGUAUAAUGUUUGUUGAAUUGUCAUAGUUUUGAAUAUAUGUGUGGUAUUUAUGUAUCUUUAUUCAUGCAAUGGAGGAAUAAUAGAUAUAUUCUAAAGAUAUAUUCUAUAUAAAAUAUUAAUAACAUAUACUUUCUUGCUUGUUUAAAUUGCGCGAAAAUCGUUUUAAUAGUGCUAAAUGUUUGUGAAAGGAAAAUAAUGCUGCAUAAAGGGUUUUUUGUCUAAGUAUAUCUUUAAUAGUAGGCGGUUUGUUUAUCCUAGUCUAAAUAUUGUGAUUUAUAAGAGUGCAUAGAUUCAUUAUCUUUGCUGUCAACUAUAUGAAAUAAAAGCAUAGGAUACGA